CUUUAAACGUAAAACUUCUUGAGACCUUAUAUAGGCUGUAUAGUUCAGAAGCCAAGACCAAAUCCAAUAAUGGAAACGUUAUCCAGAGUAGAUGCUUUCAUGAACAACUGGCGAACACCGCUUUUUAACUUUGGUACCAAUGAACAUGACUUACAAAAUUUAAUUUCAAGAAAUGCACAUUUACAGAACAUUAAUCCUGCAGAUUUUGACGAAAAUAGUCGUACAACAGAUGAAAUUCUUAGAAUAGUGAUGCAAGGAAUACGUAGAUUUACAGGAGAGCAGUUUGAAGGGUUGGUUCUUCACGAUCAGCUAAUAAAAUUUGGUAGUUCAAGAGAAGGGCUCAAAGUCAUCGAUGCUUUAGAAUUUGAUAGCAUCCUAGUAUUUGAUAUAAAUGGAUUGGAGUUAGAACCAGUUCUAGGAAAUACUCUGGGAUUGGUAAGACUUCAGGUUAAUAAUGCAGAAGAACUAUUAGAAAAGUAUCCUUGGAUUAAAAAAUACGGAGUAUUUAAACAAGUAUUUAGGAACAAAUAUUUAAUCAACUCAAGGAAUCUGCACUUAAAAGUGUUCGAAUCUAUCAUCGACAAAACCCGUGAACUUGUGAAUGAAAUGCUUCGAGACACAGAAUAUUCUUUCGAUAGAAUUGCAAAACCACCAACAAUAAACAUUAGAAUACUCUUGAAUAAAGAGAAAGGUAAACCUGAUUUAUACGAUAAGUUAUCUACCAUCACUUUGCAAAGUGAAUCGUUAGAAGCCAAAGAAUCCAAGUCAUCUUUGGAUAUUGAUAUUGUUCCAGCACUACUUAUACGAAACGAUUCUGUUCCAGAUCCUACUGCGAGGGGCGCAAAAAUGCCCUGUCCUGUAUAUGCUGUAAUGAAAUGGGUCAAUUUAAGCCAAGACACAGAGAUGGCAAUGUACAAGGAUUUUUUGUGGAGAGUUUGCACAUCUGGAUACGAAAGACACAUUCUAGACGUUUGCCAAACGAAUCCCAGUCAGCAGUUUUUGAUAACGGCCUGUCGAAUCCUGAAAACGUACGUUUCUAACCAAGACGGCACCAAUCAGCUUCACAAAGUUGCAACUUCUAAUCACCUGAAAACAAUAUGUUUCCACUGUAUAACAUUACUAACGAUACCAAAGGACCAUAACUCAUUAUCUGGAGUCAAGGAAGCAUUGGGUUAUUUUCUGUCGUUUUUGAACUUAUGUAUCAAUUCUGCAACGUUGCCACACUUCUUUCAUGGAAAUCCUUGUUUAGUCCUCAUGUUCCCUGAAUGUAGCUUUGGCCAAGAAGAACACAUCAAAAAUGUGUAUGGGUCAAUGAGUUCCGAGACGUUCAAUCAGGCUAAGAUUAGCUACAACAAAAUGCUACGGGACCUACUUGGAUUGUAUACUGAUAAUGCUCGUCUUGAUCAUGAUCGUUUAGAACGAUUCGCGAAAUUAUUAGACCUCCGACACACCGCCAGAAAACCCAAAGAUGCGUACAAGUUUUGAAAUAUUAGUACUAUUGUUAUGAAACUAAAUGGUUAAUCAUAGUUGAGAGUAUUUCAAUUUGUUAUGCUUCAAAAAGAAGGAUUCACCUUAUUGAAUAAUUAGAUUUCUUCGCUAUGUUGUAAGCAAUAUUAAUUUGUGCUUUAAUGUUUGUAUAAACACUACUGAUUUUUA